AUGUCGCCGGUGACGCCCUCCCCGGCGACCGAGCCCAGGCGCUCCACGCGUCUGCGCUCCACACCGGCCGACGCCGACGCGGACCCCGACUCCGAGCCGAGGUGCUCCACACCGGCCGACGCCGACGCAGACCCCGACCCCGACCCCGAGCUCCAACGCGUGUCGUCGCGCCGCAAGCGCCAGCGCGAAGCGGACCCCGACGCCGACCCCGAACGCGGGCCGUCGCGCUCGCGGCGCAAAGCGGCGGGUGAGGCGGCUUCUGCUACCCGUGGGAGCGCGGCCAAGGACGGGCCGAAGGACGCGCAACAGCCUGCGGGGGUGGCGGAGGCGGGCAGCGCGAUCAACGACGACAUCUGCGCGGAGGAGCCGGACGCGGAGGAUCUACAGAUGGGCGAAGAGGAGGAGGAGGCGGUCCAGGCGGGGGGAGAAGGGUCCGCGGAGACGCGCGGCGCCGGGAAGAAGCGGGUGGUGGCGAGGCCGAGCGCCAGGAGGAAGGCCGUCCCGGACCACUUCGUGGGCGAGCCCGUGCCGGAUGGCGAGGCGCGGGAACGGUGGCCCGAGAGGUACGCCGCCAAGGGUCCUGAUUCACAAGCUAAGAGGUCUGAUGCCGAGGAGGAAAUCGGAGCCCUGCGCCACUACACAACAGUUUGCGUGGAUGAGGCGAAUUUCCAUCUUGGGGAUGACGUCUAUGUCAAGGCUGCUCCUGGUGAGGACAAUUACAUUGGCCGGAUCACAGAGUUGUUUGAAGGAAUCGAUCAUGGAUCACACUUCACUUGCCGCUGGUUCUUCCGUGUGGAAGAUACGGUCAUCUCACCCAAAUUGCUGGAGGUUAAUGAUCAUAAGCAUGAUCGUAAGCGUGUUUUCCUUUCAGAGGAAAAGAAUGAUAACAUGAUUGAGUCAAUUAUCUCUAAAGUAAAUAUCAUUUAUGUGAGCCCAAAUAUGACACCCGAAGCUAAAGCUCAGCUAAUCUCAAAGUGUGAUUUGUAUUAUGACAUGUCUUAUUCGGUAGCAUAUUCCACGUUUGCGAACAUGCCACCAGAAAAUGGUGAUGCAAUGGGCAGUGAAGCAACAUCAGAUCUUUCUUGUGACGAUGUUGACUAUUCUAAGAAAAAACCAAUUGCUGACAUUGCGGCACCACAUGAUGAACAAAUGGAAACAGCAACACUCCUGGAUCUUUACUCUGGGUGUGGUGCCAUGUCAACUGGGCUAUGCCUGGGUGCUGCAUGGUCGGGCUUAAAACUGAAUACAAAAUGGGCUGUAGACAUGAACACAAAUGCUUGCAACAGUCUAAAGCAAAACCACACAUUCACACAGGUGCGGAAUGAGAAGGCUGAGGAUUUCCUUUCCCUCCUUCGGCACUGGGAUGCCCUCUGUAAGAAAUAUGACGUCCACAAUAGCAAUUCUCUACCACGGACUUCGAACAAUGAUGAAGAUGAUGAAAAUGAAAAUCUUCCGGAGGGUACAUUUGAAGUAGAGAAACUGGUUGAUAUUUGCUACGGUGAUCCAAAUAGCACUGGAAAGGCUGGCUUGUGGUUCAAGGUACGGUGGAAAACAUAUGAUCCUAGUUAUGAUACUUGGGAGCCAAGUGAUGGCCUGAGUGAUUCUCCUGAACGUAUUAAGGAAUUUGUUGAGAGUGGAUACAGGGAAUCCAUUUUACCCUUGCCUGUACUUCCAAAGUUUCCGCUUCCCACCCAUGAUGUUAUUAAUCGAGGAGUAGUGCCAAAUGCAUUCUCGCAAUGUCUAGUUGCCUAUAAUGAAACUGAAGAUAAACACUUGAAGGAAGCUCUUGUCAUUAGAGAUGCUAUAUCUGAUUUACCGAAGGUUGGAAACCAUCAACCUAAUGAUGUGAUGGACCAUCGUAUUAGACCCAAAACAGAAUUCCAACAUUAUAUCCGGCUCAACCGUAAAGACAUGAAGGAUUACUCACUUGGAGAUGCUACUCACAAGGAAGGUCUUCUAUUUGAUCAUCAGCCCCUACAAUUAAACAAUGACGAUUAUGAAAGAGGGGCCAACUUCCGUGAUUUGAAAGGUGUCCGGGUGCCUAGCUAUGCCAUGACCUUUAUCAAGGGCAAGUCACUGAAACCAUUUGGACGCCUGUGGUGGGAUGAAACUGUUGCAACUGUUGUCACCAGAGCUGAGCCUCAUAACCAAAUUGUUUUGCAUCCCACCCAGCACCGAGUUCUGACCGUCCGUGAAAACGCGAGGCUACAAGGCUUCCCAGACUAUUACAGGUUGUCUGGCCCUAUAAAACAGAAAUAUAUCCAAGUUGGCAAUGCGGUAGCCGUCCCUGUUGCUCGAGCUCUGGGGUAUUCCCUUGGACAGGCGUACCAGGGCGAAUUUGAUGGCGACUAUCCCUUGUUCAAAUUGCCAGGGAAUUUUAUUCCUAUGGAUCAAGCAACACUCGCAAGAUUGUCUGAAGGAACUUCUGGAGGCGAAGUAGUGGAGGCAGAAUAAGUUUGUGACUGAGUGUGUUGAUUUUGGUCAUAUACUUGCAUGGGUAGCUGUCAAAACAUUGUCAUUUAUUCUGGCCACUGAUUUUU